UAAUAUUUAAAGGACAGGGGAGAGAAGAACAAGGAGCUAAACUAGGAGUAGGAAUCACAGACCUCAAUUCAUUCUCAUAUUAAUUUUUUUUUGCCGCUGUCAAACUCAAUCUCUUUGAUUUCUUCGAAGAAAUCAGAGAGUUUCAAUCAAUCAUGACAUCUGACGAACAAGUUAAAUCCGAAGAAACCCAAAUGGCUGCUGCUAAUAUUGAUGAACCCAUCAUCAAUGGUACUAAUCCUGAUAAUGGCAGCAACAUUAAAGUCGAAGAAAACCCAAAACUGGUUGAUGCAGACAAUGCAGACACAAACAAUGUUGAAGAAGAAGAAAAAGAGGAGGAACAACACGACACUAAAUCAGAUGAAAAAGUGUUGUGUGCGGGAGAAAAAGAAGAAGAAGAAGAAGCAGCUAAGGAUUGUAAAGACGGAAAUGAAAAUGGCAAAGAAGAGGUUGUUCAAUCAACUACUAUUAAUAAGGAAGAAGAAGAACAAGUAGAAGAAAUCAAAGAGACCUCAUCUUCAGAUCUGAAAGAUAAUGAAAAGAAGGCACUGAUUGACUUCAAAUCAAAGCUUGAAGAAGCUAUUCUCCAAAACAAGCUGUUCCCAUUAGCCGCGCACACAAAAGAAGAAAAAGAAAAGGAAGAAGAAGCUCAAAAGGAGAAAGAACCGCAGACGAAACCAGCAACUCAAGAAGGUAAUGAUGAAGAUGAUAAAUUAGAGAAAUCAAAACAAGAAGAGGAAAAAGUGGUAGAAGAGAAGGAAAAAACAGUACAAGAAGAAGGAAAAGCGGUGGAAGAGAAAGAGAAAUCAUUACAAGAAGAAGAAAAAGUGGGGGAGGAGAAGGAGAAAUCUGUGGAUGUUGUUGCAGAACUAGAAGAAGAAGAUACUGCAGACAACAAGGAAAAAUGCACACCAAAAGAAGAGGAAGAAAAGAAGGCGGAGAAUCAGGAAAAUGAAGAAGAUAAGAAGAAAUCAGAUGAUGAUGUUGUUGUUGUAGACAAAGAUAUCUCAUUAUGGGGUGUCCCUCUCUUACCAAGUGCAGGUUCAGAAGCAACUGAUGUAAUCCUUUUGAAAUUCUUAAGAGCUAGAGAUUUUAAGGUUAACGAAGCUUUUGAGAUGUUGAAGAACACUUUACAAUGGAGGAAAGAUAACAAGAUCGAUUCAAUCUUGGAUGAAGAUUUAGGUUUAGAUCAUCUCAAUUCAGUAGCUUAUAUGGAUGGCAUAGAUCAUGAAGGACACCCAAUUUGUUACAACAUGUAUGGUAUUUUUGAAAAUGAUGAGCUUUACCAGAAGACAUUUGGUACCGAGGAGCAAAGACAAUUGUUCAUGCGAUGGAGGUUUCAAUUGAUGGAGAAGGGUAUUCAAAAACUUGAUUUUAGUAACAAAAAAGGUGUUUCUUCUUUGCUUCAGAUAAAUGAUCUCAAGAAUUCACCUGGGCCAUCAAGGAAGGAGCUUCGAAUUGCCAUGAAACAAGCUGUGGGUCUUCUUCAAGACAAUUAUCCAGAGUUUGUCGCCAGAAAUAUCUUUGUGAAUGUUCCAUUUUGGUACUAUGCCUUCAAUGCUGUUCUAUCUCCAUUCUUAACCCAAAGGACUAAGAGUAAAUUCGUCUUUGCUCGUCCGGCCAAAGUCACUGAAACACUUCUAAGGUACAUUCCAGCCCAACAAAUUCCUAUCCGCUACGGUGGUAUGAAGAGGGAGAACGAUUCUGAAUUUUCUUCUGCUGCUGAAGAAUGCAAUGUGACUGAAGUUAUUGUUAAGUCUGGAUCAACAGAAGCUAUUGAAAUUCCUGCACCCGAGUCUGGAGUUACUCUUCUGUGGGACUUGAUUGUGUUGGGCUGGGAGGUUAACUACAAAGAAGAAUUUGUCCCAAGCGAUGAAGGUUCUUACACCAUGAUUAUUCAGAAAGGAAAGAAAAUGGGUUCUCAGGAAGAAUCAAUUCGGAACUCGUUCAGGAAUAGCGAACCCGGUAAGGUUGUCCUAACAGUCGAGAAUAAUACAUUCAAGAAAAAGAAGGUUCUUUAUAGAUACAAGACCAAGAUGAUCUCCGCUUAAUUAAGAACUCAUGAUCAACCAUGUAUAAUUAAGUCGAUUUGCAGGCGGACGGGCGGCUAAGAUAAAUAGACGAGAGGUAUUAUACAGUUGUAGUAACUAUAAAUUUGUUUGUUUGUUCUUCCAAUUCUUUUAGAUUGAUUGUAUAAGUGCGGGAGAGUAAGUAUGGUAUUGGAAAGAAAAUGAAAAAAGAAAAAGAAAAGACAUACUUCGAUUCUUUUGUUAGAAAGAUAACUCGGAGACCUGUCUGGUUGUUUGAAUUUGGCUUUUACAGUGUUACUUCAAUUGAUAGAUUUUAUGUAUUAUGGAUUCUUUCUUGAUGAAAUUACAGUUUAUCGUAUUAUGCAUGUA